AUGAUUGCUCAAAUAUAUGUUGACGACAUUGUGUUUGGAGGGAUGUCAGACCAGGUGGAGGGACAUUUUGUCAAACAAAUCCAAUCAGAAUUUCAGAUAAGUCUUGUUGGUGAAUUGACAUAUUUUCUUAGACUUCAAGUAAAACAGAUGGACGACUCUAUCUUCAUUUCUCAAAGUGAGUAUGUUAAGAAUAUAAUAAAGAAGUUUGGUAUGAAAAAUGCUAGUCACAAUAGGACACCUGCUCCUACUCAUGUGAAAUUAUCAAAUGAUGAAAAAAGUAUUUUUGUUGAUCAAAGCUUGUACAGAAGUAUGAUUGGUAGUUUGUUGUACCUUAUAGUUAGCAGACUUGAUAUCACAUUUGUUGUGGGUGUGUGUGCAAGAUAUCAAGUUGAGCCAAAAACAAGUCACAUCAAUCAAGUGAAUAGGAUUUUUAAGUACAUCAAUGGUACUAGUGACUAUGAUAUGUUAUACUCUCAUGGUUCAGGUUCCAUGCUGGUAGGGUAUUGUGAUGCAGAUUGGGAUGGUAGUCUUAAGGAUAGAAAAAACACUUUUGGUGGGUGUUUCUUUUUGGGAAAUAAUAUGAUUUCCUGGUUUAGUAAGAAACAAAACUGUGUUUCUUUGUCUACUGCUGAAGCUGAGUAUAUUGCAGCAGGAAGUAGCUAUUCACAACUGAUAUGGAUGAAAAAAAAUGUUGAAGGAAUAUAA